AAAAGUUUAUUUAAUGUUUUGUGCAGGUCAGAAUAAAUUAAAUCUGUUGUCACGUAACGAGGGAAAAAUCAAAGCAUAUGAUUCCUGCUUGGAUGUGAGAGCAUGGAGUCAUGAUAUCGAGGUGCGAGACCGCUACAUCAGGGAAUGGAUAAAGAGUGAUAUGCCCAUUUGUGUUAUCCCUGUACACACGGUGUCUGGUUGUUUGAAAGCUAUGACGAGGAGAAGUCGUGGAAGGUCUACGCCAAGAUGUCACCCGAAUUGUAAAUCAAAGGUUGUUCUAGAAAGUAUUUGCAAUUCAUGUCAUGCAAUGAAAGAAUGUUUAAAAGGCGACGAGAAUUUUGAAAAAUAUUUCGCAGCGGAAGAGUUUGAAACAAGUCAUUGGCCUUGUGAAAAAUGUUUAGAUGCUCUAAAAAGUUUAAAAAUGUUUUGGAAAAUAAUUACGGAAAGAAUAUUUAAAAUAAGUAUCCCGAAGAAUGACGAUGUAGAAAGCACCAGUAAUAAAAGUGUUCAAAGUGUGGCCAAAGCGUGGCAAAAGGAACUAAUAAAACAAGCACUUGUUGUUAAACAAUUAACACCGAUUAUAAGUAAACAAAUAAAUGAAAAACCGACAUAUACCUGGAAAUCAUACACAAAUUAUUUCAAGAAAAUCAUAACCCUUAAUAAUUCGCGAUAUAUGAUCGAUGAUGAUGAUAAUUCUACUGUCGACAGUGAAAUUUUAAAUGAAAAGCAUUAUAUCUGUGAGGAUAAGGCAACGGUAACAAAUCCUAUAAGAGACAUUAGAAACAAUGGUAGAUCUAAAUUGUUAGUUAAAAAAAUAAGCAGAUGUACCUCGUUCAGAGGAAGAACUGUGGAUUUUGGAGGUGAUGCUUGUCAUAUAGAUGCUGAGGAAAUCAAUAUGUGUAAAAAUAAUCUUGUUUAUUUACAAAAACAAUAUAACAUGCAAAGCGAUGAAUUGGGUCAGCUUAAAACAGAAAACACUUCACUAAAAGUCCAACUGCAGAAUAUGGCAAGGAAAUAUGCACCUUUGUGUUCUACAAUGAUCACUUCUGAUAACAAAGCGUCUGUGAUACCGAAACCGUACGAAUCGUACUGCGAAGCAGAAACCACUUUGAAGAACAUAGAUUCUGAAAUGAUCAUAACUUUAAAAAAUUGUGAAAAUGAGAACUUCAAACAUGUUUCGAUGUUACAAGUAUUACAUAAAACCAAUGGCUCCAGAGAUAUAAAUGAAAAUUUAGUAGAUCUAAAUUGUUGUUGGAAGAAUAAACAGGAUCCAAUUAAAAUUUUGACUAAAGUACAUAACACAUUUGGGGCUAUUGUAAGAAGAGAACUUACUAUAGCGAAUCAAAGACAAUGUGACCCGAAAGAAGUUCAGAUAGACGCUUCUUACCACCAAGUCCACGCUAGUAGAUCGGUACCCUCUUGUUCCUCUGUGUCAUCCAAAUCAUUAUCGGAUGUAUUUGCGUCUACAACCGAAGUGUAAAAUAGAAUUUAAAAUAAUGUAAAUUGUGCAUGUUGUGGUAUUCUGUUA